AACUUUUAACCCGCCGAUCAUGCAAAUAAUGCAUUGAGCUAUUGAUUUCUAAUUGGGAGCAGCGAUGGAACUCAAAAUUCACUGCCUACUAGGCUUAUUUUCUUGUUAAUCGGCGCUUACAUGCACGCGUUGUACAAACUUAGGACACUUCUCGGACGACAUGCAAACGAUCAAGUGCGUAGUUGUGGGCGACGGCGCCGUCGGUAAAACAUGCCUCCUCAUAUCGUACACUACCAACAAAUUCCCUUCAGAAUACGUUCCAACAGUAUUCGACAACUAUGCUGUCACUGUCAUGAUUGGUGGGGAACCAUACACUCUUGGACUGUUUGAUACGGCUGGUCAGGAAGACUACGACAGGUUAAGGCCUCUUAGCUACCCACAAACAGACGUAUUUCUUGUGUGUUUCUCUGUUGUGUCACCAUCGUCAUUUGAAAACGUCAAAGAAAAAUGGGUUCCAGAAAUUACACAUCAUUGUCAAAAGACGCCGUUUUUGUUGGUCGGCACACAGAUAGACUUGAGAGACGACGCAGCCACAGUCGAAAAGCUGGCCAAAAACAAGCAGCGACCUGUGUCUUCUGAACAGGGUGAAAAGUUGGCAAAGGAGCUGAAAGCUGUCAAAUAUGUAGAGUGCUCUGCAUUGACCCAGAAAGGGCUGAAGAACGUAUUCGACGAGGCAAUCCUGGCGGCACUAGAGCCACCAGAGCCCACCAAGCGAAGAAAAUGUGUGCUUCUCUAAUUUUAUAAUCCCACUAUGUAUGAACGGCAAGCAGCUGCAGAGUCACGUACCAGUAUGUAUUUUCAACUUUUAUACCAGCAUCGUACGUAAAUCGACUCGUCAAUUGAUUAGUUAUUCCUGAACCACCACUGAAUGAUUUUUUAUGAUUCGUCUAAUAUGCCGUGGAAAUAAGCGAGUUCAUUUUGUACUAUUCCAAUCAAUUGCCGAGCAAAAAUCAAGCAACCCAGAAGUUUCAGAAUUAAAAAAUAGCAUCUUAUAAAAAUACAGUCUGCCGGUUGAUAAUCAGUUUCUUUCUUCCGUAGCUGUUCAUUUGUUUUUAGUGCCUUUGAAAUGCCACCUGAAUUUACAUUUAAAUCUAAUUAUUUCUGAAGAAAACAAGCAAAAAGAGAAACAAUGAGAAAAACAUGUUAAUCAUUCCUAACAGUAUAAUGGAAAUUACAAAUAAUUUUUUAAAAAAGUGCCUCACGCGUUACACUAUUACUACUACUACAUUUGAAAAAUGGUUAAAUCCUUGCUCCAAAUCUCAAGUGCAACUAAUUGACUUUGGCGUACGCCCACGGCACUUGAGAUGUGGAACCAGCAGCAGACUGAUUCGUCCCUCCAAAUUAAUUUCCUCGAGCGAAUUUUCUUCAAAGUAUCGUGUAAUUUCAGCUCAAACUAAAAAAGAAAGUGACCCUGACGGAGUCGGCCAAAAUCGUGCAACCCAGAAUAAAAUGAUAAAAGACUCGCCUCUCAAAUUUCACGUUUUCUAAUUGCAAUUGCUUCUCGAUUCAAAGUUUGUAAAUAAGAUUUUUACUUUGCAACUAAGAUUUGGCUUGCAAGGUCGGUUGUUACUCUUCUCAUAUCUCAAAACAUCCAUCGUCUGGUGACAGUGCACGAUUUUGCCAUUGUGUAAAUAAUAUCAAAAUUUUGAGGUGGUACCUACUAAUUGGUGAUAACUUGAGUAUUUUUAUGCCGAAUUGGGGAGUUUCUAGGUUUAGACAAAUUAUACAUUGAGCUCGAAAUUAUAAAUAUUCUCAUCAUCAAAACCAAUAAGGAUGAAAACGUAAAUCUGUGCAUUUUGUUUGCCUCUUUCUUUUGUUAUUCAGUGCGUCGCCACCACGGCGGCGCCUGCCCAAGAAUUUUUAACUUAAACCUACUCUUAACUUGUCAAACAUGCCACAAAAUAGUUUAGAAAAUAAGAAGAAAAAAAUUGAAAAGGUCAAUGUCAAAUUAUGUUUUUGUGGGAUUUUGAUAUGAGGAAAGAGGAAUGUAAUAUUUAUUAUUGCUUAGUAGCUUUGGCGAGCUCGGCUCCGAGUCCAACUCGCGGGCUCGUCUAUUGGUUAAAUCAAUUUUUCUCGAAAGGAGUGUUGCUUUGGUCGUCAGGUCUUCCUUUUAGUUUGGUGUAUUUGUGCCAAAAUUUUGGGACAAAACCUCAAAAUUGCUAACACGCGCUACUUUCCAAUGUGGCAGUUUAAACAAAAAAGUAAUUAAGCAAUUUAUCAAAACUCAAAAACGCGGAAUGAAAUCCGCAAUAUGUAUUGAGACCCCCUUCUUUCUGUCGCAACACUGCAUUUCCUACAAUAAUUAAAAUUGAAAAUCGAGAAAAUUAAAAAAAAAAAAAAAAAAAAA